AUGAAUGGCGGCGCGCAAACAAGACAGGUGCGCCGUUGGGUGAUCAGACUGAAUAGUUGCCCGCAAACGAGAGACGUCCAAUUGAUGGCAGUGUAUUUCGGAAAUCGAUACAAACAUGAAAACCAUCAAUCGAGCGUGCCUACUUGUGCUGGUUGUGCUGGAGCUUCGAAAGGAUGGACGCUCGGGCCAGUCUGGAUCUGGUUAGACCGGCAUGCCGAGAGGGCAGAGCAGAAUCUCGACAUUCGACAUCGCAACAAGCCCUCCGAAAGCUCGCCCAUCCCGCAACCCAUCUCCUCUCCACCCGCCAUGUCUGCCGCACGAGCUUUCAGCACCGCUUUCCGGGCUGCCGCCCCCCGCGCCCCCGUCGCCGCCCGCUUCGCUGCCACCCGUGGUUUCGCUGCCGCCGCACCCAGCAGCGCAGCAACCAAGCCCCCGGUCGCCCUCUUCGGUGUCGAUGGCACAUACGCCAGCGCUCUGUACACCGCUUCCGCCAAGACCAGCACCCUCGACAACACCGCAAAGUCGCUCGAGCAGCUCUCCGCCGUCUUCAAGCGCGAUGCCAAGCUCGCUGAGAUUCUCCGCGCACCCACCCUGUCCGUCUCGGACAAGCAGCAGAUCGUCCAGGAGCUCCAGAAGCACAUCGGCUCCGACAAGGAUGGCAUCGUCAAGAACUUCCUCGACACACUGGCCCAAAACAACCGAUUGGGCGUGCUAGAGGGCGUCGUCAACAACUUCGGCAUCCUGAUGGGUGCGCACCGUGGCGAGAUCGAGCUCGUUGUCACCAGCGCCGCUGCCCUCGACAACAAGACCCUCUCCCGCCUCGAAUCCGCCGUCAGCAAGUCGCAGUACGUUGGUCAGGGCCAGAAGCUCAAGGUUGUCUCCAAGGUCAACCCCGAGAUCCGUGGUGGACUCAUUGUUGAGAUUGGUGACCGCACCAUCGACCUGUCCGUCUCCUCCAAGAUGGCCAAGAUGAACAAGCUCCUCAAGGACACUUUGUAA